AUGAAAAGAAAACAUCAGAAUAGUAUCAGUUAUAAGGAUGACAAAGAUGCACUCCUCCAACUAGCAAUGACACUUGAACAUAAUGAUCAACAAUUGUACUCUCAACAGUCAUCAAUCUUCAUCCAAGUUAUGCAUAUGUCAAGUUGGCAUUAA